ACUGGCUGAAGGUUUCGUUCAAGACCUCACAGAACCUAUACUAAACCGUCAAUAUGUGCGACGACGAAGAGGAGGAAGCUACUCCCCUGGUCUGCGACAAUGGCUCCGGACUUGUGAAGGCUGGCUUCGCCGGCGACGACGCCCCCAGGGCUGUCUUCCCAUCCAUCGUCGGCCGCCCAAGGCAUCAGGGCGUGAUGGUCGGUAUGGGUCAGAAGGACGCCUACGUGGGUGACGAGGCUCAGAGCAAGAGGGGUAUCCUCACCCUGAAGUACCCAGUCGAGCACGGCAUCGUCACCAACUGGGACGAUAUGGAGAAGGUCUGGCACCACACCUUCUACAACGAGCUGCGUAUCGCCCCCGAGGAGAACCCCUGCCUUCUGACAGAGGCUCCCCUCAACCCCAAGGCCAACAGGGAAAAGAUGACGCAGAUCAUGUUCGAGACCUUCAACUCUCCCGCCAUGUACGUGUGCAUCCAAGCUGUCCUGUGCCUGUACGCUUCCGGUCGUACGACUGGUAUCGUGCUGGACUCCGGCGAUGGUGUCUCCCACACUGUGCCCAUCUACGAGGGUUACGCCAUGCCCCACGCCAUCCUUCGUCUGGACCUGGCCGGCCGUGAGCUGACCAACUACCUGAUGAGGGUCAUGUGCGACCGUGGCUACGCCUUCGUCACCACCGCUGAGCGUGAGAUUGUCCGUGACAUCAAGGAGAAGCUCGGCUACGUCGCCCUGGACUUCGAGCAGGAGAUGUUGACGGCAGCUACCUCCACCUCCCUGGAGAAGAGCUACGAGCUGCCUGAUGGACAGGUCAUCACCAUUGGCAACGAGAGGUUCCGCUGCGCUGAGGCUCUCUUCCAGCCUUCCUUCCUUGGUAUGGAGUCUGCUGGUGUUCAUGAGACCGUCUACAACAGCAUCAUGAAGUGCGACAUCGACGUCCGUAAGGACCUGUACGCCAACAACGUCCUGUCCGGUGGCACCACCAUGUUCCCUGGCAUCGGUGACCGUAUGCAGAAGGAGAUGGUGGCUCUGGCUCCCACAACCAUGAAGAUCAAGAUCAUCGCUCCUCCAGAGAGGAAGUACUCCUGCUGGAUCGGUGGCUCCAUCUUGGCUUCCCUGUCCACCUUCGCAGCUAUGUGGAUCAAGAAGUCCGAGUACGACGAGGCCGGCCCCGCCAUUGUCCACCGCAAGUGCUUCAACACUCAACCGACCAACAUGUGCGACGACGAAGAGGAGGAAGCUACUCCCCUGGUCUGCGACAAUGGCUCCGGACUUGUGAAGGCUGGCUUCGCCGGCGACGACGCCCCCAGGGCUGUCUUCCCAUCCAUCGUCGGCCGCCCAAGGCAUCAGGGCGUGAUGGUCGGUAUGGGUCAGAAGGACGCCUACGUGGGUGACGAGGCUCAGAGCAAGAGGGGUAUCCUCACCCUGAAGUACCCAGUCGAGCACGGCAUCGUCACCAACUGGGACGAUAUGGAGAAGGUCUGGCACCACACCUUCUACAACGAGCUGCGUAUCGCCCCCGAGGAGAACCCCUGCCUUCUGACAGAGGCUCCCCUCAACCCCAAGGCCAACAGGGAAAAGAUGACACAGAUCAUGUUCGAGACCUUCAACUCUCCCGCCAUGUACGUGUGCAUCCAAGCUGUCCUGUGCCUGUACGCUUCCGGUCGUACGACUGGUAUCGUGCUGGACUCCGGCGAUGGUGUCUCCCACACUGUGCCCAUCUACGAGGGUUACGCCAUGCCCCACGCCAUCCUUCGUCUGGACCUGGCCGGCCGUGAGCUGACCAACUACCUGAUGAGGGUCAUGUGCGACCGUGGCUACGCCUUCGUCACCACCGCUGAGCGUGAGAUUGUCCGUGACAUCAAGGAGAAGCUCGGCUACGUCGCCCUGGACUUCGAGCAGGAGAUGUUGACGGCAGCUACCUCCACCUCCCUGGAGAAGAGCUACGAGCUGCCUGAUGGACAGGUCAUCACCAUCGGCAACGAGAGGUUCCGCUGCGCUGAGGCUCUCUUCCAGCCUUCCUUCCUUGGUAUGGAGUCUGCUGGUGUUCAUGAGACCGUCUACAACAGCAUCAUGAAGUGCGACAUCGACGUCCGUAAGGACCUGUACGCCAACAACGUCCUGUCCGGCGGCACCACCAUGUUCCCUGGCAUCGGUGACCGUAUGCAGAAGGAGAUGGUGGCCCUUGCCCCCAGCACCAUGAAGAUCAAGAUCAUCGCUCCCCCAGAGAGGAAGUACUCCUGCUGGAUCGGUGGCUCCAUCUUGGCUUCCCUGUCCACCUUCGCAUCCAUGUGGAUCAAGAAGUCCGAGUACGACGAGGCCGGCCCCGCCAUUGUCCACCGCAAGUGCUUCUAAGCUCGUCAAGCUCCGUCCUACCGUCCCGACUGUUCGUUGUGCAUGUAUCGCUGUUUACUGUCUACUUCUGUUGUGUUCUUUCACAAAUUCACGGGACCAUGUAAACAAAACACAUUGAUCAGGCAAAUAGUGAGGAUUCGAAGCUAGAGGGUGGCACAGAGGUGGCGUUCUGUUGUUGAGAGCUGGUUUCUUCUGGAAACCUUCUAUAAAGUUGGAGGAUUGGAAUAACGACUGGUUGCACGUGUUGGACCUUACGGCGGGAGGUCUGCCUUUGUUUUGUUCAACUUGAGUUCGUAAGUCACGUCUCCGUCACUGCUUUAUUUGUAAAUGUAUAUUUGUUGUCUACAAUCCACACGAGUAUUGUUGUACACCAACAACAAGGCUGCUAAACGUUGUAGUUCAAGCUCCAAAAUGGCCGUUACAUGAAUUUUUUUUUGUGUAUCGUCCUGUGUACUUGUAGUCAAUAAAAAUUCUUCUCCCGAA